GGGGAACAACAAUAGGAGACAAUAUCCUACUGGUAGUACUUUCAAAUGCAGCUGCAAGGAUUUUAUAUCGAUUAAAGCUUUAUGUGUUUUACUCAACAUUCAGGGCUACUGACUUACUACUCUGAAACACUACGUCGAUUGUUUCAGUUGCUUUGAGGCAUUGCUGAUCCCCAGUCCUCGUUUCCGACACCGCCUCCUUUACCACCUUCGCGGCUAACCCGGCCCCAUACUUGCGGCAUUUGUUUGACCCCUCCGCAACCACUUUGACUAUUCAAGAUACAGCUACUUGUCAUACUCUGUACCUUCCAUUUCUCAAGAACAAUCAAACAUGGCUGACGAAGGCGCUUCCCCCCGUGAACUAGUCGUAGAGGCUUGCCGUCGCGAUCAGCCUCAUUUGAUAGAGAGUGUCCUGGAGGGCAUGGAAGGAAAGUCAAAUGAAGAAGUGGCCGAGUUUUUCAACAGUGUGACGGAUUCGAUGGGGAACCAUGCUCUUCACAUAUGUGCUACGUACGGUAGCUACGACGUCAUGGACGCCCUCUUCGAUAUUCAGUACUUCGAAUGCGACCCCCUCACCCGUCUGGACAAAGAUACCCCGCUGCAUACCGCCGUGCGCUAUGCGAACGAGAAAGACGCCGAACUAGGCGAGGCAAUGAUCAAGAUGAUGUGCGAAGCUGGUUGCGAUCCGCGUGUCAGGAACAAGCAUGGUCAGAAGCCGGCUGAGCUCGUCUACAAUAACCAGGAGAUCAAGUCCACGCUACAGCAAGCAGAGUACAUCAUGGCGGAGGGGCUAAGGGAGGAUGCGGACAAUGGAUCGGUUCACGACAGCGCCAGUGACAGCGAAUAGACGUCAACAACUGUAUAUAGCGACUUUUUUUCGAUCAUAGAUAUACCACUG